UGCGCACACCAUACGGACUUGAAGGUACUUUGACACAGUGCACAUGUGAAUCCACACACCGCGACGAGUAAACAUCGGUAGUGAUUUUAUCGCGCUUUCUUUCGUUCGCUAUCUCCCUGAACCCACCCCGAGGAUAAACAUUGUUGUGACAAGUGACAGCGACGCGAGUGUUAAGGACCAGACGUAGAGCCUUUAGUCCUUAGUGUCUGCGCGAGUGCCAGUGCUGGUCGCAGAUCCUAGAGUGUUUUUACGGGAUAAGUCGAGAGUGGACGGCCAUAUUGCAUACCACGCUGACAGAGAGCCAAAGUCUCGAGAGACGAGCGAGCAACAGAGAUGACUGGUUACUCCAGAGGCUGAACGGCAGUAUGCGCGACUAGCGCGGAAUGUCAGAGCUAUAACACACGUGUGUAUAGACAAAAUGCUGCGUUCGAAUCUAUGAGGUUGUGUAUCAUGCUCCGCUAGGACUAAAAAAAUGUUCAAAUUUUUACUUUGGUUAUUCACCUCGGGAGCUAUUCUUCUCGUGGGGGCUAGAACCCCCGGACCCGGACCCGGACCAGGUCUUGUCAACGACCCUUACUAUGGAUAUUCUACGCAAAUGCAAUCGCGAGCAGUCGAUACCAGAGUGACUCUAGAAAUUCUUGAGGGGCAACCAAAAGGUACAAUCGUGGGCAAAAUUCCCACAAAACCUGGCUUCACUUAUCGUUUCAAUGAACCGCCGAAAGAGUUCACUCUCGAUCCUAACACAGGCGAAAUCGGUACCAGCUUGAUCCUGGAUAGGGAAUCCCUCAAAAACGAUCGAUGCGAUUUAGUGAUCUUAUCUAGUCAACCUACCUACCCCAUCGAGGUACGAAUACUUGUCAUAGACAUAAAUGACAACGCUCCUGAAUUUCCAGAGCCCAGCAUUGCGGUAUCUUUCUCGGAGAGUGCUGCUGCAGGUACUCGUUUACUUCUAGACGCCGCGACCGAUAAAGAUAUUGGAGCGAAUGGGGUAUCAGACAAUUAUAAAAUCAUAGCAGGAAAUCACGAGGAGAAAUUCAAGCUAGUCGUAACUCCAAAUCCAACAGGCGAAACCUCCUACCUCCACUUGGAAACCACCGGUAAGCUAGACCGAGAAACUCAAGGGCUGUACGUGCUGAACAUAUCAGCGAGGGACGGUGGAAACCCUUCGAAAUACGGAUACCUUCAAGUCAAUGUAACAAUCUUGGACGUGAACGAUAACCCACCCAUUUUCGAUCACAGCGACUACAUAGUUUCUCUGAAUGAAAGUGUACCACCGGGCACCCCCGUACUACAGGUGAUGGCAACAGACAAUGAUCUAGGGGACAACGCCAAAAUAACCUAUUACCUAGCCGAUACAGAACACCAAUUCACCGUCGAUCCCGAAACAGGUAUAAUAUCGACCACCGAGCCAUUAGAAUGCCCCCAACAGAACUGCAUACAUCCCGCCAAACCCGGAGGUGCAUGCCCGAAAAGCUGUGUCUUUACCGUAUUCGCGAGAGAUCACGGAACACCAAGGCAAGACGGCAGAACUUAUGUAACAGUUAACCUACUGGAUGCUAACGAUCAUGACCCCAUCAUCAAGUUCAGGUACUUUCCUUCCACCGCGGGGUUCGCGACUGUUGACGAAAAUGCAGGUAACGGUUCGGUGGUAGCGGCAGUAUCUGUGGUGGAUCAGGACGAAGGAUCGAAUGGCGAAACCACCGUCAAAAUCGUGUCCGGCAACGAACUGAACCACUUUCGUCUCGACUACACUCCCAGCUUCGAUAUAGUGAGGGUGAAUGGGGUGCUAGACCGCGAGGAGAUCCCCAAGUAUAAUUUGACAGUGGUGGCGACGGACAAGGGUAGUCCGCCACGCACCGCUACAUCUUUCUUGAUCAUCCACGUGAACGAUGUCAACGACCACGAGCCAGUUUUCGAAAAGAGCGAGUACUCGGCCAUUCUCACCGAAUUGGCACCACCUGGAACUUAUGUUGCUGGCAUCACGGCUACGGACGAGGAUACUGGCGUCAACGCUCAGAUAUAUUAUGCAUUCGUUUCUGGUAAUGAGCAACAGUGGUUCUCUAUCAACGCGGACUCGGGGUUGAUAACUACUCGAACCCCUUUGAACAGAGAAGUACAAGGAACUGUCGAAUUGAACAUCUCAGCUAGAGACGGUGGGCCCAACCCCAAAUGGGCACAUACCCAGCUCAAAGUGAUUAUUCUCGAUGAGAACGACGAAGCACCUGAAUUCUCUCAGUCUCGGAUGAAUGUCAGUUUGUCUGAAAAUGCCUCGCCCGGUACACUUGUGGCUAUGUUAACGGCUGCAGAUCACGAUCAAGGGACGAACGGCAGUGUUGCUUAUUCUCUGCACCCGGCAGUGAAACACCGCUAUAAAGAUACUUUCGCUCUUGAUUCGCUCACCGGGCAACUGACGACGAAAAAGCUGCUUGACCGAGAGAAAAUAAGUAAUUACGAAAUACUCGUCGUCGCAAGAGAUCAAGGUAUACCGCCUCAGACGUCCACUGCUACCGUAUUCUUGAACGUUUUGGAUGUGAAUGACAACAGCCCGGAGUUCUACCCACAAAAGUAUUUUGUACCGGUAGCAGAAGACACUAGGCCAGGGACGGCAGUUUUGAAAUUACGAGCAACUGAUAGAGACGAAGGCGAAAAUGCUAUGAUAACGUUCAAGCUAGAGAGUGGUGGAGAUGGACUGUUUUCUGUAGACGAGUGGAGUGGAAUUGUCACUCUACGUGGAAAUCUGAAAAACUUUCCUAAACCCAUACACCGUUUGAAAAUCUCUGCCCAAGAUCAUGGAGAUAGAAGAGCGUUAGAAGAUGCCACAGUCGAAAUAAUUAAAGAAGCUUACAUGGAAGAACUCCAUUUCGAUAACUAUGGUGGAUACGAAUUUCAAAUAACCGAAGACCCUGAUGAUGCCACAGUUUUUACCCAUCGAGACGUCGGCACCGUACACGUAAGAAACAAUGAAGCGACCUACUCUAUUGUAUAUGGUGACCCGAAUCAUAAUUUCGAGAUAAACGAAAUUACAGGGAGAAUCACUACAGCUCAGAAAAUCGACAGAGAACAAACUAUGACAUACAGCUUGACGAUUGUAGCUAGAGUAGGGCUGUCAUAUGCAAAAACUCAAGUCAAUGUGAUAGUACAAGACCUGAACGAUAACAAACCGGUAUUCCUAAAGGACAAGGAAGCUGUCAAACUUCCAGAAAACGCAGCAGUAGGACGAGAAAUCUAUUUCGCCAAAGCAAGAGACUUGGACUCCGGCAUAAACAGCAGAGUUACGUACAAUCUAACCUAUAACCCCGACGAGCAGUUCAGAAUCUCAGAAGCAACAGGUGUUAUUUACUUGAAUCGACCAAUCAGAGCUGAUCCAGGCACGGUAUUGCAAGUAGAAGUGCAAGCGACUGAUAGCGGCGAACCUGCAUUAGCGUCAAAGCAUUCUGUGAUAAUAAUAAUCGAUGAUGUGAAUGAUCAUACGCCUGUUUUCGAUCACACUUCUUACGAAACAUCAUUGUUGGAAUCUACGCCUGUAAAUGAUAGAUUUUUUGCUCUGGCAGCUAGCGAUGCAGAUCUAGGAUCGAACGGGAAAAUAUCGUAUGCCAUCACCGAGGGAAACAAAGAAGGAAAAUUCGGCGUUUUUCCUGAUGGGUAUUUGUAUGUGAGGAAAAUGUUGGAUCGUGAAGAUAAGGACUAUUACUCGCUAUCAGUGACAGCUAGAGAUGAAGGUAAUCCAUCGAGGUCUUCUGUUGUGCCAGUGGUCAUCCACGUUAUAGAUGAAAACGAUAACAGCCCUGAAUUUACGAAUAGCACGUUCUCAUUCAGCAUCAGAGAAAACGAACCUCCAGAUUCUUUCGUAGGAAAACUGACUGCGAGCGAUAAAGACAUCGGUAGAAAUGCAGAGUUGAUAUUUUCUUUGGCCACUUCCCAGAACGAUUUUGCCAUUGAUCCAAAAAACGGUUUCAUCAAAACUUUACACGUUUUCGAUCGUGAGGAUUUGAUGUUGACGACUGGUCAGAAUUUCAUAACGCUAGAAGCUUCUGUCGCUGAUAAUGGAGUGACCAGACUCAAAGAUAAAGUGAAGGUGAACAUUUUCAUAACUGAUGUGAAUGAUAACCCGCCCAAGUUUCUCAGAGCCCCAUUCAAAGUACAGGUUUCGGAGGGAUCGACGAAAGGCGCGCAAGUACUGAGACUGUACACUAGUGACGCCGAUGAAGGUCUAAACGGAGACGUAUUCUACAAGAUCAUCGGAGGAAACGAUGACGGUCGUUUCGACAUUGAUGAAGCAACGGGGCAAAUAACGUUGCUCAGGUCUCUGGAUCGAGAAACCACGUCGAAAUACACGCUAACGGUAGUAGCUCACGACGCUGGCAUUACCAAACAAUUAUCCACCUCGACGACUGUCCUGAUUGAUGUUCUAGAUGAGAACGAUAACGCUCCCGAGUUCACUCAGACCGAGUCUAGGAUAUCGACCAGCGAAACGACUCCGGUGAACACGGAGCUGGUGCGAUUCCGGGCGAGCGAUCUAGACUUAGGCGUGAACAGCGAGGUGGUGUACUCGAUAACUGCAGGAAAUCGAAAAGACACGUUCCACGUUGACGCGCUGACAGGAGUGUUGCAUUUGCAUAAACCGUUAGACUACGAGGACCUCGCCGCCUAUCACCUCAACAUCACGGCAUCCGAUAACGGCCAUCCGCGAUUAUCCACCACUAUUUUGUUCGCCAUCGCCGUCGAAGAUGCAAACGAUAACCCACCCGCGUUCGCUAGCACGGCCAUUGUUCGGCAAAUUCGCGAAGGAAUUCCCAUACACACCCCGAUCGUAACGGUCACCGCUGACGAUCCAGAUUCCGGAGCUAACGGCAAGGUCUCCUACGCUAUAUCUUAUCAGGACCCGGAAGACGCUCAACGCCACUUCGGGAUCAACCCCAUUACGGGGGUUAUUCACACCCUGCUACCAAUAGACCGAGAGACCAUCGAUACCUUCAGGCUGACGGUGGUAGCGACUGACCAAGCGGAGCCACCCUCUAAAAGACUGUCUGCCGAUAAACUGGUGACGGUCAUAGUCGAGGACGUUAACGAUAACGCCCCUAUAUUCGUAUCCAUGAACGCCGCCGUGCUACCCAAAGUCACCAAGGCCUACCGUCACAAAGUAUCUAUUAUGACAGUUUUCGCCAGGGAUCUGGACUCGGCCACCAACGGAAUAGUGACUUACGAGCUGGCCAGCGGUAACAGUGACUCGUUCGAACUGGACCAGAGCUCAGGAGCCCUAAGACUGCGAAGAGCCAUCCAGGACCCGGAGCCCACCUACAGAUUAUCAGUUAAAGCCACGGACGAGGCGGUGCAAAGCGAACGAAGGUCCACCGAGUCCUACCUGACGAUAAUCGCGACUGAUGAUGGAGAUUCGGGGCCGAGAUUCGAGAGUGACUCGCUGUCCGGAGACGUGUACGAGAACGAGCCAGUGGGAACGAGUAUUUUGACGGUUUUCGCGAAAUAUCAAGUCGGCGAGGUGGAGUAUUACGUAACGAAUGUGACGGGCGGUGGUGCUCAGGUGGACAGAUUGUUCGAUAUAGAUGCUAAGCUGGGAGUGUUGUCCACUGCCACUGAGUUGGACAGGGAGUCUGGAGUUGAUGUGUACGAGGUCGAGGUGUAUGCUAUCGUGACUGGAGCUGGCGUCAUCAGAACAUCCAAAACUAAGGUUGCAGUUGAUCAGAAAAUACUUGGAACUAUGCAUUGGCGUGUAUACGAAGUUUUACCAGAAUUCGCGUUCCUCAAAAUUCUAUUUGCGACUGUUCUUAUUAUGACAUAA